UGAAUAAUUACGUUAACACGUCUUAUUUUACAACUACAAAAUUACGAUUCACUACUUAAAAGUUGCUAAAAUUUGUGUUUGACAGGAUGAUACCGAAGGAAAAAAAAUCGGAAAAGAAAAGUAAUGGUGAAAUUUCGUAGAAGAGGGAAGGCGGAAAACUUUCGAAAUGUUGGCCUCUAUACUUUAUUACUUGUGAAGUUGUGUUUCUUCAACAUUCAGUUGCCGUCCGUUCAACCAAAUUUCAUCAAGUAUACUCUGCGUAAACAAUCUAUCAAAAAAUACGUAAUUAUGUAGCUGUAGUGCACUGCUAGUGCUACUCUUGUACAGGUUGAGUGAUACUGAGUGUGUGACAGUGCUAGUACAACUAUCAGUACUAGUAAGUGAGGUAAAGAAGAAGAAAUUAAUUAAAUAAAUCCCAAAUUUUUCACAAUGUCCUGCUGUUUACUUGAUUCUAACCUUGUCAAAAUUGAGAAAAGGAUAAAUGCUAAGCUUCGGGGAAAAACAGUCAGUUUUGUCAGAGAAAAAUACCUACGAGGAGAUGUUUAUUGCCACAGCCCAGUGUGUUUACAUGGAUGUAUUACUGAAACAGCCACAAGAAUAGGUCAUCUUCCGACACAAGCCACACAUUAUGUAAUCCCAGCAUUUGACAUUAUAUGCAAUUUUCUUGAAAUCUUGGAACUUCCAGAAAUCAAAGGAAUUAUCUUUGUGCAGAGUGCACUUAACAGAGUUUUGAUUGAUAUUGGUAAGAGACAUUACAAAAAGGCUUUGUCAAUCAUACGAGAUCCUCGGAAAGAAUGUGUGGCAUUUCUGGAUGAACUACAUAAGGAUACUUAUAUUGAGAAAGAAAAUGGACAUGGUUCAAAAGAGAUAUUACAUUGUGCAACUUUUAGAACAGCGGUAUGGUAUCAUGAGCAUUUGCAAGGAAAAAUACCAAUUAUCAUAGUAACAGAGGACCCACAGGUGAUAGAGAAAUAUGAAAACCAAACUCUUGGAGUUUUUGUAAUUUCGUUUCGUAAUUACUUAGAAGAGUUCUGGCCUGACUUGGAACAGGUGCUGGAUCUGUUUGAUUCUUUACAGACAAUAGCUCAAACUGCUUCAGAAAUUAAAACUUCUGGUGGAACGAGUGAAUAUUCGAAUUAUCUGUCAUCAGAAGGCCUACAUGCUGGACUCAAAAGUGGGAGGUACUUUCAAGGACAACUACGAGUAAAUAAGAAUAAUUCAGGAAAAGAAGCUUUUGUAUCAGUUUAUUGGUUAUCCAGUAGAGAAUGUGGUGAUAUUUUAAUUGAAGGAAUGAAAAAUAGAAAUCGAGCCAUUCACAGUGAUGAAGUUGUUAUUGAUCUUAUGCCAAAAAGUGAAUGGAAAUCGAGAAACCAAAUAUUAACUAAUAACACAAAAGAAGAAUCAGUAAAUGGAGAGGAAAAUAAGAAAAGCACCAAAAUCAUGCCAGUGGGAAGAGUAGUUGGUGUUUUACAGAGACGAUGGAGAAACUAUGUGGCUUGUCUGCCUGAUGAAGAGGAUUAUAAUAUAGCAAAUAGAAAGUUGGGAGGUCGAAUAUUGGUUAUACCAUAUGACUGUAGGAUACCUAAGAUCCGGAUUACAACAAAGCAAGCUGUCAAUUUUCAAAACAAAAGGAUUGUUGUAAGGAUAGAUAGUUGGGAGCGUGAUUCACAGUAUCCAAAUGGCCAUUUUGUUCGAAUUCUUGGAGAAAUUGGAGAUCUGGAAACUGAAAUAGCUGCCAUUCUAGUUGAGCACGAAAUUUCAGUCUCAUCGUUUUCUAAGGGUUUGCUUGAAGAAUUACCAACAACUACUGAUAAUUCACCAUGGAAGAUUGAAGAAUCUGAAAUAUCCAAGAGGAAAGACUUGCGGAAAAGUCAUCUGGUGUUCAGUAUUGAUCCAGUAGGAUGUGAAGAUGUUGAUGACACUUUAUCUGUCAAAGAAUUACCAGAUGGAGGAGUAGAACUUGGAGUCCAUAUUGCUGAUGUCACCCACUUUGUGAAACCUCUUUCUCUGACAGACAUAGAAGCUAGGUCCCGUGGUGUUACAGUAUACUUAGCUGAUCGUCGCUACGACAUGCUUCCACCAUUACUGAGUGGUGACUUGUGUUCCCUAUUAGGGCAAACUGAUAGGUAUACAGUCAGUGUGAUGUGGGAGUUUGACCCUCAUUUUGAACUGAGGAAGGUUUGGUUUGGAAGAACCAUCAUUUGUUCUGCCUAUAAAAUGUUUUAUGAGGCAGCUCAAGAUAUUUUAAAUGGAAAAUCACUGGAAGAAAUGCAGUCUACAAUUCCUGAGUUAAAGAAGUUCUCAAAUACUGUGAUGGUUGAAAAAUUUGAAGAAUUGAAAGAAGCAUUAAUCAAGCUGACAGCUAUUGGUAGAAUUCUUAAAAAGCGUCGUCUUCAAAGUGGUGCUCUAGAACUUGAUAGUUUAGAGGUCCAGUUUGAGUUUGAUUCAUCUUAUACUCACCAGGUGGAAACAGUGAAAUCUAAAGAACAUCUUGAAGUCCAUGAAACUGUAGCAGAGUGUAUGAUUUUUGCAAACUUCUGGGUGGGAAAGAAAAUAUCGGAAGUUUUUCCCCAUCAAGCAUUGCUACGACAUCACCCUCCUCCGAGAAGUGAAGAUCUGGAAGAAUUAAAGCUAUGUGCUGCAGUCAAAGGCUUUCAAAUACUUACAAACUCGAACAGGUCUCUUGCUGUAUCUCUAGAUGAAGCAGUUGACCCAAAAGAUCCUAUCGUGAAUAAGGUGUUAAGAAUGCUGGCCACUCGUGCUAUGUCUCAGGCUAGAUAUUUUUCUACGGGUUCUUACUCUUUAGAGGAUUUUUAUCACUAUGGGCUUGGUCUGAAUAGAUAUACACACUUCACUUCACCAAUCAGAAGAUAUGCAGACAUACUGGUGCACCGACUUCUCUUAUCAGCUAUAGAGGAACAUUACAAUAGUAAUAAACUGUUGUCAAACACUGAUUUACAGGAACUCUGUGAACACAUUAAUGAAAGGAACCGAGCAGCCCAGAAAGCCCAAAAAAUUUCGGUUGAGCUUUUCCAAGUACUUUAUUUUCAGAAAAAUGCUUUGGAUGAUACCUUGUGUAUAGCAGAGGGUGUUAUCUAUUCCUUUUGUACUAAUGGUAUCCUGGUAUAUAUACCAAAGUUUGGGGUCAAGGGACCUCUGCAUCUGUAUAAGAAAGAUGGUCAGGUUGCUGUAGUUACUAACAAAGGAGUAGAAUGGAUGGCAGGUCACUUGGAGAGGUCACAAAAGGCAGUCACUGUAGUGUCCCCUACGUUUACUUACCGACAAACAUACCAGUUAUUUGAUCACCUCACUGUACGAAUUGAAGUCCAGUCAGCCAGGGCUCAUCCAGCAACUCUGAGUUUCCAGCUAAUAGACUGCAAAUCUCAGAUUUCGAAUAUGGAAAGGUACUCGGAGAAACCAUGUCAAAACAGCCAGUUGGUGGAGGAAGUGAUUUCAAGUAUAGUAGUGAAGGAAGAAAAACCGGUUGAGCAACAAGUGAAAAGUCAAGAAACCUACAAACAAACAAGUUUGUAUAGUCUCUUUCAGAAGCUUAAAGACAUGUCUCUUCAACCUGUUAAUAUUUCCUGUACCUCAUCAGAAUAAUGGAUUUCUUUCCUGGAUUAAGACUUGCAGCUAUGCAAUAGUCAAUGUGCCUUUAGUUAAAUAUCACGAGCCAUAAUAAAAGAAAGGAAGUUAAAACGAAAUUUUGAAGCAGCAUUAGUCAUCCUUGAAUUGACAGUCUUUUUUAUGUAAAAAAAAAUGUCAUCUUACAUGUUUUGGUACUUCACAGACUGAGUACACUUUCCACAUAGCAUAUUGCUUUGCAACACAAAGACUUCUUGUUCUUGACAGUAAUGUUUUAUACUUAAGUGUUAAAAAAUUUAUAGAAAAACUUUGAUUUAAGAAUUUCUUUUUUUUUUCAUUUUUAUUUUGUUGUUUUUUAUUAACACUUUUGUCUUCAAAUAAUACAGAUGUUAGGAGAAUGAGAACCCCCAAAAUGGUUUAACAGCUACAGUUGUUUUAUACCGAACGUGUUAUAAUUAUAGCUGAUGUUUUAAAGAGGGGUCAAGAGUCUUCAUUACCAUGCAUUUAAAAAAAAUUCAGGAAAGGUUAAACACCCACAGUGUGAGGUUGUUACUUCUACUGAAGUCAGCUUAAUAGAUAACCACUCUAUAGGGAGUUUUUAAUAUACUUUAUUGACUUUUAUAUGUCAAUGUGUGUCUGUAGUGUUAUAACUGUUAUAGAUAUAUGCAUGAAAGUCCAACAGACUACUUGGUUAUUGUAUGCACCUUUAUGUGUAUCUGGUAGGUAGUAAAAUAUCAAUACAUUAUAGAUUCAGGUUGCCAUUUAGUUUCCCACAUUGAUUAUAUGUGCUCAUCUUUCAGGCAGUUUUAUGAUGUUCAACUAUGCAUUGCAUCUUAGAUAUAUAUAUAUAUAUAUAUUUAAUGUGACCAUAGUGACUUAAACACAUUUAUUAUUUCAAAUUGGUAUGUUAAAUAUCCAUAAACAUGUUAAACAUACUGUGAUAAGCAUGUACUUAACCUUUGGUCAUAAUUUGUAAACAUGGCUAUUGAGCAGUGAGUAAAGUGUUAAGUAUUCAUUUAUAAAAUAUUUGUUCAGAAAUCUGUGUUUACAUGAUUUGAAGGUUUAUCCUGUGAUAUUUUGUAUCCUGUAUAUGUUGUACUUAUAUGAUUCUUAAGAAAACAAGAUUUAUUCCCUAAAUCUUACCAAUUUCUUAUGUUUCCUUUAACUAUUAAAUCAGUUUCUCUUUAAUAAUUGUUCCAUUGAAUUAUAUGUUUAUUCUAUUGAAACUGUUUUAUUGAAUUUUGUAUAUUACUGAAUUGGUUUAAAUCAUCUUUAAUUAUCUAUUCCAGUCUUCCAAAAAUAUGUCUUAUUUUAAUAUUUUUCGUGCACUUUAAUAGAAUCUUUAAAUUACAAGAAGAUAUUAAAAUUUUUAUUAAAAAUUCAAUUCUCUGGCAAAUUUUAAGUUACAAAGAAUAUAUUUUUAGAUACUUACAAUAUUCAUAAGUGCUCCUAUCGGUAUAUUUUUCAUCACUAAUUCACAAGAUUUUUUUCUCCUAUCUUUUAUGACCUUUUAACUAUUAGUAUUUGUUUUUGCACUUUUAAUACUAUGUCUCUCCUUCUUCCAUGUUUUUAAUGUUUCAUAAAAAGAUGGAUUUGACUGUACCUGAUGAACACGAUAAUGGUAAUUAAAAGAGAAUUGCUACAUAUUCUGAAAUCUACAGUACUUAGUUGUCUAGCUUGGUAUUUUGCUAGUAUUUUACAGUACUGAUAAUCAGUUGUUAUAUCCAAACAAGAGCAACAUAUAAUCUAUCUACCAUGACUUGGCAGUGAUUAAGGUUUUAAAUCAAACAAGCCUCCUUCGGGGCUUGUUUGACAACCGGGGUCAUGCAGAAACAGUCGUUCCUCUUCAGCCCCAAUGCGAAAUUAAGGUUUAGUCCUGCUGGGGAAUGAAAGAUAUUAAGAGCUGCCCGGAUGGUAUGAUACAUACUGAUGGUUAAACUAAUUACUGAUUAUUUGAUAUCAUAUAAGGUGACAGGAAUCAAUCAAUUAAUAACUAACUUAGGUGGGUGGAGCUAGAUGGCUGAUGCAGCAUUUUGGGAAAGGUCGUGACUUUUUAUUAAAUAAACAUAACCUCCGUCCACCUUCUGUUGCAGAGGUAACAAACACUGAUUGUAUGAGCUGUUCACGGAUGGACCACAAAGUGUGCAACAUAUAACCUGUUGAAUGUUUUUAAAAUAAGGUGUAUUUUGCUCCAAGUAUUUAAUGAAUGUCUCGGAUAUUAAAAAUAUUGAUUACUUUUAAGUUUUUGUAUUGUAUAUAUUGUAUAGUUUCCUUUUUGAAAACUGUAAAAACUACAUGCUCAAUACUCUUGUAAAAUAUGAAGUAAUAAUCAACUGAUACAGUAUCUGUAUGACUCGUGUUUUUUGUUUACAAUUAUUUAUACCAAACUAUCUGGUAAACAUUUUAUUAAAUAUUAUCAUUGGUCAGGGGAGAUUUAAUUCGUGUUAAACGGGUGAAUAUAACUACAUGUUCAAAAACACAAAGAUUUUGAAAAUGUUUUAUUGGAUGUAAUGAAACCACAAUAAUGAUUGUAUAUGUUUUUAGACAGAAUUGUCUGUAAUAAAUAAAUUGUUUUCGUGGUGCA